AUGGCAGGUCAAGAUAUGCAUAAAUUUAAUUCCGUGGAUUACAGAAAAUGGGAGCGAAAUACAAUACCUAAACCUCUGCUCUGGGCAACUCCUCAUCAUAAAGCAGGCAUAUCAUCUAACAAAGGAGAAAUCAGACCAUCUCCGACUGAAAAAUCAGGAAAAUCUCAAUCUCAUGUCCACAAUGAUUUCACAACACUCCUCAAAUUCCCUUCAAGAAGGACGGCUGAAAAAGUGGAACAGGACCAGGUCACCUCAAAGACGAAAUACAACAUCAAAGAACUGAUGUUACUCAUCAAAUCCAGGAAAGAAGCAAUAAAAGACCUGGAGGAGCUCUGUGAACAGCUUCAAGAGAGGAACCUGCAGAUGGCCAGAAACAUAAUGGAUACGGACAGAAGCUCAUUCGCCAGAACCAAUGAACUACUCAUCCAGACAGAGCAAAAGAAGAGAUCAACGGUAUCUUUGAAACGAUGGAAUGACAGUCUUAUUAAAAGUGCCAAAGCAGAGCUGAGAGAUAUAAAGGAAGCAUCACAGACACAUCUCAGUGGUUUGCAGAAGCAGUUGGAUGUGCUAAAAGCGAAGGUGGUAGAGGCUCAGAAAGAGCUCCGCAGACUGAAGACAUACAAAGAUAUGGAGUUCCCAGUCAAGGCUUUGCAGAUUGCAGACAUGGAAAGAAAGCUGGACAGACUGAAAGAGAUGCAGCAGAAAGAGCAAGAAGAUUUGAAUCUGUUUUUUAAGAAAGAAAUGGUCAAUUUGGAGAGACACCAGUGCCAAAGAGAAAAAGAUGUGCUGUCUGCUGUUGUUGAGAAACAUGCUUCCCACAUCCCUCCUAUUGUCAAACUGAUGGCCUCACAGAACGAUACAAUGAGGGAAGAGAUUCAUAAACAGAAAAAGUUGAUAAUGGAGAUUGAGCGAAAGAAUGAAGAGCUAAGGAAGAGUAUUCAGGAACUGCAACUAUCAAGACCAAAAAACAUCAGGAGAGAGAUCUUUCCAGAUGUUUUCCUGAAAUCAGACAAGUGUACUCCAGAUAUGGACGUCCAUCUCAAUGUACCCCAAAUGGAUUUGCUCCCUGUGUAG